CUCUCUCUCUCACUCCUCUUCUCUGCUCUCCCAUGGCACAAACCCUAGCAAGGAUCGCCACCACCGCUCUCAAGCGCCGCCCUCCUCUCUCCUCCGUCCUCUCCGAACGCCUUCUCUCCACCACGAGCAUCACUCACCCACCUCCCGUUCCCUCUCUAUUACUCUCCCGUCGACUCCUCGGACCCUCCCUCUUCCGCGCCGCCAGAUCGCUCCCUAUACAUAUCUCCAAUGCCACCACCCGUUUUAUUCAGAUCAGAUGCCGCGUCAAUCGCUCUGGGAACUCCUACUCUCCCCUGAACUCUGGGUCCAACUUUAGCGACCGUCCCCCCACAGAAAUGGCUCCGCUUUUUCCAGGAUGUGAUUACAACCACUGGCUCAUUGUCAUGGAUAAGCCUGGUGGGGAGGGAGCCACCAAGCAGCAGAUGAUAGAUUGCUAUAUUCAGACUCUGGCCAAAGUGGUCGGCAGUGAAGAGGAAGCAGUGAAGAAGAUUUACAAUGUUUCAUGUGAGAGGUAUUUCGGAUUUGGGUGUGAGAUUGAUGAGGAGACCUCUAAUAAGCUUGAAGGUUUGCCUGGAGUUCUAUUUGUGCUUCCGGAUUCAUAUGUUGACCCUGAAUACAAAGACUAUGGAGCUGAGUUGUUUGUUAAUGGGGAGAUUGUCCAAAGAUCACCUGAGAGACAGAGGAGGGUGGAGCCACAGCCACAGAGGGCCCAAGACAGACCAAGGUACAAUGACAGAACCCGAUAUGUUCGCCGCAGAAAUCAAAAUCCACAGUGAAAUUUGAAUGGGGACGGAUUGGCUGUAUAGAAAUCUUGUGGGGCUGAACCAUCAAUAGAGCAUCUGGACACAGAGAAGCAUGUGCUGUAUGCCUGUAUCUGCUAUUUGCUUUUGUGUUCUGUCAAUGAAAGCAAUUUCUAGGUCCACCAGAUGAACUUGUUAACCAUAAAUAGAAUAUGCCUUGUUAUUGUGAUU